UGCUGGGAACGGCAGUCCGCGAGGUCGACUACGUCGACACAAGAUGACGGGGACUCACGUUGUACGUUCAGGUCGGGUCCGCGCCGUGCUGGAGCCUUCGCGGUCCACGAUGACAGGCUCGCCACGCUGCGGGAGCCCGUAGGCAUGCGCGACAGGCUUUCGGACUGACUGAGAACACACGCUGAAGCCUUACGAUUUCUGGCGGGUCUGCGCUCUCGCCGAGGCUCGGGCUGCUCACGGACCGGUCUCCUCGUCUCCCUUCUGCCCACUCUGAAAGCUAAGGGCAGCAUCAGCUUACUGUUGGCAGGUCCCUGGGCAAACAGCGUGUGAGAUGGGACGGACAUCAAAGGACAAGCGGGAUGUCUACUACCGCCUGGCCAAGGAGAAUGGCUGGCGUGCCCGCAGUGCCUUCAAGCUGCUGCAACUCGACGAGGAAUUCCACCUCUUCCAAGGCGUGACACGGGCAGUUGACCUGUGUGCAGCCCCAGGCAGCUGGAGCCAGGUGCUGAGCCAGAAAAUUGGGGGCCAGGGUUCUGGCCAUGUGGUGGCUGUGGACCUUCAGGCUAUGGCUCCGUUACCAGGUGUGUUACAGAUCCAAGGGGACAUCACCCAGCUGUCCACUGCCAAGGAGAUCAUCCAGCACUUUGAGGGCUGCCCAGCGGACCUAGUGGUGUGCGACGGGGCUCCUGAUGUAACUGGCCUCCACGAUGUUGAUGAGUAUAUGCAGGCCCAGCUCCUCCUAGCCGCUCUCAACAUUGCUACACACGUCUUGAAGCCAGGAGGCUGCUUUGUAGCCAAGAUCUUCCGAGGCCGGGAUGUCACCCUGAUCUACAGCCAGCUGCGUGUCUUCUUCUCCAGCGUGCUGUGUGCCAAGCCCAGGAGCAGCCGCAACUCCAGCAUAGAGGCCUUCGCUGUCUGUCAGGGUUAUGACCCCCCUGAAGGCUUCCUUCCGGACCUGACCAAACCCCUGCUGGACCACUCUUACGAUCCAGAUUUCAACCAAUUGGAUGGUCCCACUCGCAUCAUUGUGCCAUUUGUGACCUGUGGGGACCUGAGCUCCUAUGAUUCGGACCGCAGUUACCCACUAGAUCUAGAGGACGGCUCAGAGUACAAGUAUACUCCACCCACGCAGCCCCCCAUCUCGCCACCGUACCAGGAGGCCUGCACGUUGAAGAAGAAAGGGCGGCUGGCCAAGGAGAUCCGUCCGCAGGACUGCCCCAUCAGCACAGUGGACACGUUGUCCCAACCCCUGGCUGCUCCACAGCGCCACACCCUACUGGCCUCUGAGGCGGAAGACAAUGAAAUGAAUUGUUCACCUUAAUACAUUCAGGUAGCUGGCAGUCUGAUACAUCUCGGAAGCCGUUUGCUGUCAGGAAAGCGAGAGCCUGCGUUGAUGAACUGGUUUUCAAGAAUCUCAUCAACGGGUCCUGAACAUCCCCGCCCGGAGCGGGGACCCGCAGCAACCACCAGGAACACAGCAAGGAGAGCAAGCCGCAGGAUGCCUGCCUGCUCCCCAGGGCGCGUUCUUGAGCCAGGCCUUGCCUCCUCUCAGUCUUUCCAAAGGUGUCCUGAUUUUGUCUAGAAUUGACCCCCCAAACAGGGGUUCUUAACCUGGAUAGAAAUCAGGGGUAUCUGCAAACCUGAUGGAGGAAAAUAUUACAUCUUUAUUUUCACUAAUAGAACUGAAAUUUCACGAGUAGAACUGAAAUUUAGCUUUAUUCCCCAAUACGAAUGCUGGCAACAAAUCACGGUAGUUAAGAGCAGUGCUCGUUAGCCUUCCACCAAUACAAAUCCGUUACUUUUUAUGUCCCAUUACGGUUUUUGCAGACAUCUUGAAAUAAUGUUCACAUUUGUCACUACUUUGAAUUAUAGAGGAUCUUAUAAUUUGAUGUACUAAUAAAAAAGUCCAUAUAUUACUGUA